CAGCCACUGUAUUCCUCUCUCUUCCUAGGACUGACAACACCGCACAGGCGAUGGAUGUUUACUCAGGGUGGAAACAGCCAUCCUGGAUGGUGGACAGUAAAAGAAUGAGAAUGACUCUGAACUUGCCAUGGCUCCUGUCAGCACUCACGCUUCUGCAUCUGACAAUACAAGCACAUAGUCUGAAAAGGGGGGCAGCUCAAGAUUUGAAAUGUACAACCAAAAACAUGCAUGUGUGGGACUGCACAUGGUCAGCAUCCGCUGGGGUCAGCCCUGGAACUGUUAAAGAAGUUUGCAUUAAAGACAGGCUCAAUUCUUGUCAUCGGUUAGAGUCAACAAACAUUAAAAUUGCAGCUCUUUCGCCUGGUGAUCAUGAAGUAACAAUAAAUUACCUAAAUGGCUUUCAAAAUAAAUUCACACUGAAUGAAAAAGAUGUUUCUUUAAUUCCAGAUACUCCUGAGAGUUUGAAUUUGUCUGCUGACUUCUCGACCUCCACAUUACACCUGAGGUGGAAUGACAGAGGUUCUGCUUUCCCAUACCCCUCCAAUGCCACCUGGGAAAUCAAGGUUCUACAGAAUCCAAGCAUGGAACCUGUGAAAUUAGUAUCAUUCAACACAACCCUGAGCGGUCAAGAUAUAGUUCACCACUGGAAUUGGACCUCAGACCUGCCCUUGCAGUGUGCUCCUCACUCUGUGGGGAUUAGAUGGUACAUCGACCAUCAUCGUUUCUCUGGUUAUAAAGUGUGGAGUGACUGGAGCCUACUGAAGAACAUUUCUUGGACUCCUAAUUCUGAGACCAAUGUUUUCCCUCAAGACAAAGUGAUUCUUGCAGGCUCAGACAUAACAUUUUGUUGUGUAAGUCAAACAAAAGUGCUGUCAGGACAGAUUGGCAGGACAUUUUGUCCUCUUAUCCAUCUUUAUGGGGAAAACGUUGCAAUCCGUAUCCAGAAUAUUUCCGUUUCUGAAAACAGUGGAACAAACGUGGUUUUCACAACAGAAGAUAAUGUGUAUGGAACGGUUGUCUUUGCAGGCUACCCACCGGAUGUUCCUCAGAAACUGAACUGUGAGACACACGAUUUCAAAGAGAUCAUAUGUAGUUGGAAUCCAGGAAGGCCAACAGGACUGGUGGGCCCACGGAAUACAGACUACACUUUAUCUGAAAGCAUUUCAGGAAAAUCCGUCGCAUUUAAAAGGUUUGAAACUCUGACAAAUGAAAGCUACCGUUUAGCCUUCCAAAUGCUUCCAGGCCAAGAAAUCCAUAACUUCACCCUAACUGGUCGCAAUCCACUGGGACACGCAGAAUCAGCAAUUUUCAUCAACAUAACUGAACGAGUCGUUCCUCAUGUGCCUGUUUCAUUGAGAGUGAAGGACAUCAAUUCAACAGUUGUUGCACUUUCCUGGCAUUUGCCAGGAAAUUUUGCAAAGAUUAAUCUCUUAUGUCAAGUACAAAUUUGUAAAGCUAGUUCCGAACAAGAAGUGCGGAAUGCCACAAUCAAAGGAGCCGAGGGGUCAAGUUAUCUUGUUGCUGUGGACAAACUAAACCCAUAUACUCUGUAUACUUUUCGGGUUCGUUGUUCUACUGAGACUUUCUGGAAAUGGAGCAAGUGGAGCAAUGAAAAGAGACAUUUAACCAUGGAAGCCAUUCCUUCACGGGGACCAGAUACUUGGAGAGAGUGGAGCUCUGAUGGGAAAAACUUAAUCAUCUAUUGGAAGCCUUUACCCAUUAAUGAAGCUAAUGGAAAAAUACUUUCCUAUAAUGUAUCAUGUUCAUCAAAUGAGGAGACACAGUCCCUUUCUGAGAUCCUCGAUCCUCAACACAAAGCAGAGAUACAGCUUGAAAAAAAUGACUACAUCAUCAGUGUGGUGGCAAAAAAUUCUGCUGGCUCAUCACCACCUUCUAAAAUAGCUAGUAUGGAAAUCCCAAAUGAUGACAUCCUAGUAGAGCAAGCCGUUGGAAUGGGAAAGAGGAUCUUCCUCUCCUGGCAUCCCGACCCCAACAUGACCUGCGACUACGUAAUUAAGUGGUGCAACUCCUCUCGUUCUGAGCCCUGCCUCAUGGACUGGAUAAAGGUUCCUUCAAACAGCACCGAGACCAUAAUAGAAUCUGAUCAAUUUCAGCCAGGAGUAAGAUAUAAUUUUUACCUUUACGGGUGCACUAAUCAGGGAUACCAAUUGUUGCGUUCUAUAAUUGGAUAUAUAGAAGAAUUAGCUCCAAUUGUUGCACCAAAUUUCACUGUGGAAGAUACAUCUGCAGAUUCGAUCUUAGUGAAAUGGGAAGACAUCCCUGUGGAAGAGCUCCGUGGCUUUUUAAGAGGGUAUUUAUUUUACUUUCAGAAAGGAGAGAGAGAUACACCUAAGACGAGAACUUUCGAGACAGGUCAUUCUGACAUCAAGCUAAAGAAUAUCACUGACAUAUCCCAGAAGACUCUGAGGAUUGCUGAUCUUCAGGGGAAAACCAGUUACCACCUGGUCCUGCGAGCCUAUACGCAUGGUGGCCUGGGUCCCGAGAAGAGCAUGUUUGUGGUGACCAAGGAAAACUCCGUGGGAUUAAUUAUUGCCAUCCUCAUCCCAGUGGCCGUGGCUGUCAUUGUUGGAGUGGUGACAAGCAUCCUUUGCUAUCGGAAGCGAGAAUGGAUUAAGGAAACGUUCUACCCUGAUAUCCCCAACCCAGAAAACUGUAAAGCCUUACAGUUUCAGAAGAGCAUCUGUGAGGGAAGCAGUGCGCUGAAGACAUUGGAAAUGAAUCCCUGUACCCCAAAUAAUGUUGAAGUUCUGGAAUCUCGAUCAAUAGUUCCUAAAAUAGAAGAUACAGAAAUAAUCUCCCCAGUGGCUGAGAGGCCUGGGGAAUGCUCUGAGGCAGACCCCGAGAACCAUGUGGUUGUGUCUUACUGUCCCCCCAUCAUCGAGGAGGAAAUCUCCAACCCUGCAGCAGAUGAAGCGGGAGGGACUUCCCAGGUCGUGUACAUUGAUGUUCAAUCCAUGUAUCAGCCUCAAGCCAAACCAGAGGAAGAACAGGGCAUUGACCCCGGGGUGGUGGCAGGCUAUAAGCCACAGAUGCGCCUCCCCAUUAACUCUGCUGUGGAAGACACAACAGCGGAAGAUGAAGCAGAUAAAACUGCAGGUUACAGACCCCAGGCCAAUGUGAAUACCUGGAAUUUGGUCUCUCCAGAUUCCCCAAGAUCCACAGACAGCAACAGUGAAAUUGUCUCUUUUGGUAGUCCGUGCUCCAUCAAUUCCAGGCAAUUUUUGAUUCCUCCUAAAGAUGAAGACUCUCCUAAAUCUAAUGGAGGAGGGUGGUCAUUUACAAACUUCUUCCAGAACAAACCAAAUGACUAAACAGUCACCCUUUGCCACUUCAGUCUGCCAUCUCAACAAGCUCUCACUGCUGGUGUCCCGGCAGAAGCCGGUUCAUUCCUGGAGGGACCCUGCAAAUGCUGAGAGUCAGGGACCUUCACUCUGGGCAAGUGUUAAUUUGCUUUUAAUGUAUCCUAAAAGCCAAAAUACAGUGACUCAGAAACCUCAGCCACAGAAACUCAAGAUCUGAAGCUGGUUUGGAUUGAGCCAAAGAAUCCUCCACAAGGAUUUCACGACUAACUCUGCCUAGUGCAUAUAUGCAAAAGAAAUCUCACAACUGUCUGUUGUUAGUGGUUUUCUCAUCUUUGUGUGCUAUGGAAUUCCAAGUGCAUUUACAGGCAAGGAAGAAAAAUGUCCAAGUCAAAAUAAUGUUGAUUUGCCUGACAUUUACUGCAGUCCAGAGGAAAACCAAGCACAGAUAUUUUAAAACUUUCAUGAUGUCUCUAUCCACAGCAUUUACAAAAGAGAAUCUAGUUUUUAAUGUAGCAGCAGCUAUCUGGUGUUCUGUUUGGUAGAGUGUGCUGAUGUCUGUGCCUAUCUGGUAUUCCAGUUGAUGGGGUGUGCUGAUUUCUCUGCCUACUGUAUCAUGGUAAUCAAACAGUUGUCUCAGGGGUACAAACUUAGAAAAACAAGUGUGACACUGACCAGCCCGAAUCUGAAUCACAUUGUCCUGCUUUGAGUGGGGCAUGAAAGCAUUUCUCCUAUCAUGUAGCUUGCACGCUAGCUUCCAUUGUGGGACCCAUUGUCCUCAUGUUGGAAAUUUCUAGAACUGUCUCCAAAUUUUCUCUGUGUUUUUGUUUUGUGUUACAAUGUCUGCUUUGUAAGAGCAAAUUCAACUUUAUUCACAAGUAUACAAUUGUAAUGAGUUACUAUGUAAGAUGACUACUAAGAAAUAGCUACUGGUGUUUGGCGACCCCAUCGCUCUGAUAAGGCCCAGUUCUGUUAAGCCUGACCAAUAGCUGGUGAUGAUCUUUGGGGCCUCUCAGUAGCUUCCUCUUCUGCUCAUGAGUCACAGCCCCUCCUCCUUCAGGCAAUUGGUGGUCCAGACUCUUCAGACCCAAUCUUAAAAUCCAUAAGCUUAAACCUAAAGGUAGAUUAUUUCUCCCUGGAGCAUCAAGUAAAGGGUAAUUUUAAUAAAAGGCAUAAAGCUAAUGGAAUUGGAGGGUAGUAGCCAGUGGUUGUUCUGUAAGCCCUGAAGAGCUGGGUCCUGAAUCCACCCUGCUUUCUCAUCAGCAAUGUGUACAGUGAAUGCGGUUCUUGAGAAAGCAGAGUAAAAACCUAACAUGUACUUUGUGUAUUUGUUCCGCUUUUGUCAAAGUACAUGACAAUUUGAGACACCGGAGUAGAAAACCUUGGUUUUGUGUCAUCUGAAGUCCCUCAAAUUUUGCAAGUAAUGGAUUGGUGUUUUGUUUGUUUGUUUUUUUAGUUCCUAUUUAAUCUUUUUAUUUUUACUUUUUUAUUUAUUUUAUAUUUUUGUUUUUUGAGACAGGGUCUCAUUAUGCAGCUCGGCUGUCCGAGAACUCACUGUGAAGACCAGGCUGGCCUCAAACCCACAGAGAUCCACCUGCCUCUGCUUCCCGAGCGCUGGGAUUAAAGGCCUGCACCACCAUGCCUGGCCUCAUAUUUUAUCCUUUUAAAAAAGUCAUGUGGGAAAAAAAUGUAGGAUACAAGGGACAAAAUCUAUAGUCAGUGCAUGAUCCUGUUUUUAACCCUAGGAUUCAGCUAUAUUUUGGAGCUUCAUGAUAUGAUAGUAUGUGGAAUGAAAUAGAAUUAGUUAUGCAUUUAUAUAGUAUAUAAAAGGCAGAUAAUAACCCUCAGAAAUUUUCAAUAAUGAAAAACACUACAAACAGUUUAAUUUGUCUUCCAUGUGCCCUCUCUGGCUCUCUGGCUCCUUUCUCAACUCUUCACCCAGCAGCUCUGAGCCCUGGCUGCCCCCCCCCCCAAUCUUGUUAUUGCUGUGCUCUGCUUGCCCUCAGCUCAUGCCUCUUUCCCCAUUAUCAGUUUUAUAUUCCAUCCAAUGAGGAUGAGCAUCUGGGAAGGUAGCAGCUUCUCGUUCCGAACUCCAUUAAUCUGAGAACACAAGGAAAGGGCAGAGGAAAUAGACUCAUCCUGUCAUCAAAUCAUGUCUCUUGCACGUGGGUGUCUAGAGUGACGGGCAUUUAAAAUGCUGCUCAUCUCACACUGCCUCUGAAUUCCAUUCUCAAGCACCACUGGGCUGCUGAGAAAAGAGGUUGCCCGUGGAUUGUUUUAGGAAAAUGUGUUUUGGGACUGAGGCUAAGGCAUACUGCCUGGUCUUUUCCCAUUGGAUUGAAGACAGCUGCAUCCCUGAGCAGUGUUACUACUUCUGCAGUUCCUCCUGAGUUGUGCAUAUAGAUGGAGCCUAAACAAGGAUCUGAGAACAGGGGAGAAAGGGACAUACAGGACAUGUUGACAUCCCCUUGUAAACCUGUUUCACUCAGAUUCCCUUGUGAGCAAUGGAGACUGGGGGUAUUGUCAUAUUUGUGAGUGGCCAUUUUCAAUACUAUUUAAUUUAAAGAUAUCCUUAAACACUUAAUCAGGCUUUUGGCAUGAGAGCUGUGAGUUGUGUAUGCAGUAAUUAUAUAUACCUACCUUCCGAAUCCUGCCAGCUGUUGAGCCAGUGGUGUCCUGGGUUUGUGAUGGUUGUCCUGAGAAUCUAGAAAGCUGUGUUUCUAUGCUGUGUGAUAGAGGUGCUUUUGUUCCUGCUGCUGGCAACAGAAGCAGCCAUUCAUUGGGAAGCUUGAGGGAGGAAGUAUCAGCCUCAUUUUCCAUGUUAGCAUUGCUCUCAUGGUUCAUGGAACUUGAAGGAUUGCAUUCAGAACAUCCAGUACUAUCGCACUCACAAACGGUAGAAAGUCAUAUUCUUAGACCUUCUUGCAAACUGCAGUCGCAUUGGAAAUUUCUCCUGACCUGGUAAUACUGUCUGUACUUAUCCAAUAAUUAAAUGUAAUUUAGAGGAAGGCUAGAGAAUUUUCCUUCCCGAUGGGAAUUCAAAAUCAACAUCGUGGUAUUUUUCAGUUAAAGUAUCCUUAAUAUGUCAAUAUGUAGAAAGUGUUAUCUCAAAGUUUCUUACUGCUUAGACACUUAAUCUGGUGAAACUUGUUUGUUUGCAGUAAGGGUAAUUUUUUGCUGUUUCCUGUUUCAAACUGUGUUAGAAUUAGUGAAAUGCCUUUUUAAAGGAUUCUGGAAGUGAGUACUUUGUUUUCCAAGUGAAGUAUGGGGGAGGGGUUGUUGGCUGCUAACCCCAGGCACACAAUGAAAGCCCAGUGACUGUAUUGAUAAAGUCCCUUUCUAGUGUUACAAAUUCAGCAGAACUGUCCGGAAGGAUGAUAAAAAUUGAGAUGUAGCUCCCAUAUAUCUGAAAGAUUUGAAUAUACUGUGGGAGCGGCCCCAUAUUUUGAGGAAAAAAACAAGAAGACUCAUCAGACAUUUCAUGAGACACUGUCAGCAUACUUUUAAAUGUGUGGAGUUUGCUUAUCUAACGAGUUCAAAAUUUGGAGAAGCGUUUGUACCAAUCUAGCAUAUGUUAUGGAGAGCAAUGUGUGUGAGCUUAAUUGAUUAAUGGAAGAACUCAUUCUCUUUGUAAGAUAUUUCAAGACAUUUCCUUUGAACAGAUACUUCCUGCUGAAACAGUUUCAUCCUGUAUUAUCUGUCAUCCCUCUUGUAUCCAGAACAAAAAAAAAAUUGCAGAAGGGAGGGGAAAAAUGUGGCCAAAUUUAUGGGACAUUAAUCUUUUAGAUAUAACCCUAGAAUAUCCUUCAAAUUCAUUUAGUUUGAAUCAUGAUUCCGUCCCCAUGGUAUUUAUACAUGUUAAGCCUCUCAGUUUACUAGGGUUGUUGGAAUUUUUUUUUAACUCCUUUUCAAUUACUGCUUUUAUCUUGCAUGAUCGUGUUCAUGAUGAUUAUAAUACAGAUGAAUUAUUUCCAAAUGCAGACAUAAAAGAUAGAAAAUGACAUUCAGCUGAGCAAUAUCAAGUUUUGUUUCAUCUUGUUAGCGCUGCUGUGGUUACAGUUUGGUCUAGAAUAUCCACAUGUUUCUAAUUAUGAUAUUAGGUUAUGACUGGAUCCCAUUAUUUUUAACCAGAGUAGUACCUGUUCUCCCUGCAUUAUGAAUGAUAAUUUUGUCCAAGGUGUAAAUAGAAUUUGUUUAAGUUAAAUUUUAACUGUGGUAUACUUUUAUUAUAAAUAGACCAUAACUGAUUACACACUAACUGAAUAUAAAUCCAUAAUAAUUUGUAUUACUUUUUGGUUUCUGGAACUGAAUACUUUAAGGAUGAAAAAUGCUUAGAAAAAAUGAUAAGGAAAUGAAUAUUACAUCCAUAUGUGUCUUCAAGAUCACAUAUGAUUUGUAUUGGUCAAUCAGAACUUUAAAAGAAAUCAAGUUAUUAUAGGCUUUUCGCUAUACUUAUGCCUAAAAUAUUGGGUAUGUCUAAUUGGCUAGCUACUUAAAUUUAUUCUGUUUCCUUAUAUGCAUUUUUAUUUUUAAUUGUUCCAUUUUAAAUGGGCAGUUGCAACUUCUGCACUUACUUCCAGGUGUUCCAGUCGCAUAUCUUCAAAUAUCUAAAUAUUUUUAGGUGAUAAUCCAGUCUUCCUAAAGUCACAGGCAAUUUAGUACUUCAGCAGGAGGUCAUAGAACAGAAUGCCAAUUAAUAGUUUUCAGAUGAUAGUCUAACCAUUUGAUUCAAAUGCUGUCACCCAUCCUCUCCUAGUAGGUCGAUUAUUAGCCCCUAGUUCCUUCAGUUUAAUUGUCCUUCCAGCGUAUUAUUUAAGAAAGUAUGAAGUACCAUGGUGAAGCAUUGGGGAAUGAACCCUGUUGUACUCCUUGCAGUGGGGUAGGUAUUAUGGGAUACCCUGGGAUAGAGCAAGUGCUGAAAUACAUCCCAUUCAGGGUUGCUAUGAAAAGAUGGUUCUAAACAAAUAUCCUGAGUCUGAGAUGGUUCCAACCUACAGGCGUGUUCAAAGGUAAAAUAAGCCAUCUAAAAAUACUCAGUGUUCCUAGUAAGAUUUUUUACAAAUUUAUUUUUAUCAAAUCUCUCAUAAUUGGUCAUAAGCCAUCAUCCCAGUAACACUUAGCAAUUGCCAUUUUUUUCCUUUCAGAUUUGCAUUACAGUGCAUUACUGUUUACAAAAUAUACAUACUGUGAACAGAUAAAAGUUUUUGUCUUUUAUAAGGUUUGUGGAAUGAAUGUUUUUUUAAAAGGUGGUGUUAUGUUAAAUAUUUUUAGGUUUUUAUAAAUAGUAACUGUUUACUAACUUUUGUUUGGUCAGAUGUGUGUAUGUGUAGCUGAGAGAAGACAGACAUUACAGUUUCCCUUUUUCAUUUCUUGUAAAGUUACCACUACAGACAUUUUUGUGUUAAUACAAAUGACCGGUUAUGAUGUGCAAUACCUAAAAUCAUGUUUAAUCCUAUAAGGAACUUUUAAAAUAUGCAUAUACAGGAAGUAAACCAGAUUGAUAUGUGUCUCUGUGAUUCACUGCGACUCACAGAAUUCUAAGUUGAGUGUGGAAUAAAGCAACACUCACAGAGAUAUCAAAUACUGAGGUAUUUCCAGCCUUGUGAAAUUUUGGAUAUUAUAUUGCUGUUAGAAUGGGGAAUUCAAACAUUUUAUAUCAUAAUUUCAGAAUUUAACUUCCAUGUCUUUUGGGAAACAUGAUUAUCACAAGAAUAUAGAAUAUGUAAAUAACCUAUUAUUAAGACACUACAAAUAUAAAACUAGUAUCGCUUGGCUGUUAAUUCUAUAAAGAUGUUAUCUAUGUCUGUUUUUAAAACAUGCAUGUAUUUAACAAUUUUAUCAUAGUAUUGUCAUGGAAAGAAAUAAAUAUAUUUUCUUACAUCUUACC